GCGGAAUAUCUAUAGUUUACUUUAUACCGGAAUAUUAUUUUUGCGAAAAUGUCUCGAUCAAUGGCGGACAAGAAAAACCUUUUACUUUUGUUUGACAAACCCACUGAACCUGUGUUCAUGGAAAAGGGCAAAACACCCACGGUAUUCGAUGUUCCAGAUAAAUUUCUAACCGAUCGUUAUCGUCCGAUUGGUAACGAGGUGCAAAGUCGUUUUGGUGAAAGGGCCGAACAAAGGGUGCCGGUGCGCGAUAUUACCUUGCCCGAUCUACGUAUACCCAUGUCCUUGGCUAGAGAUGAACAAUUUUCUCUGUUCAUACCACGUCAUAGACGUAUUGCCGGACGUUUAAUUGAUAUCUUCGUGGGUUUGAGAAGCAUUGAAGAUUUGCAAAGUGUUGCCGUGUAUGCUCGUGAUCGUGUUAAUCCAUUUUUAUUUAACUACGCCUUGUCAGUGGCUCUGUUACAUCGUCCCGACACCAAGGGAUUGGAUUUACCCUCAUUUGCACAAUCGUUUCCCGAGAAAUAUGUGGAUUCGAAGGUAUUUCGCCAGGCUCGGGAAGAGGCUAGUGUAGUGCCGGAGGGAUCACGCAUGCCCAUUGUUGUGCCUCGGGAUUAUACUGCCUCCGAUCUGGAUCCGGAGCAUCGCCUAUGGUAUUUCCGUGAAGAUAUGGGUAUUAAUUUACAUCAUUGGCACUGGCAUUUGGUGUAUCCGUUUGAGGCCGGUGAUCGUACGAUUGUAGACAAGGAUCGUCGUGGUGAACUAUUCUAUUAUAUGCAUGAACAGAUUAUGGCCCGCUAUAACAUGGAACGAUUUAGUAAUAAUUUGCCACGUGUUGCGAGAUUUAAUAAUUUCCGUGAACCCAUUUCUGAGGGAUAUUUCCCAAAAAUGGAUUCUCUGGUGGCAAGUAGAUCAUGGCCACCCCGUUUUAAUAAUAUCAAGCUGAGUGAUUUGAAUCGUGAAAGUGAUCAGAUUAAUGUUGAUAUAAAUGAUUUGGAGCGGUGGCGUAAUCAAAUUAUGGAAGCGAUUCACAAGGGAUUUGCUGUGGAUGAAAGUGGCAACCAACAACGCCUUACCGAACAGGAUGGCAUAAAUAUUCUUGGAAAUAUGCUUGAAUCAUCGAUAAUAUCACCAAAUCGUAAUCUCUAUGGAGAUUUGCAUAACAUGGGCCAUGUUCUGAUAUCCUAUGCCCAUGAUCCGGAUCAUAGACACUUAGAGUCAUUCGGCGUCAUGGGUGAUUCGGCAACAGCAAUGCGUGAUCCAGCCUUUUAUAGAUGGCAUUCCAAUAUUGAUGAUAUCUUUCAGGAGCACAAACGUAAAUUACCACCCUACACAUUGCCACAAUUACAAUACGAUGGCAUAACCAUCGAAGGUUUACAGGUUGCAAGUGAUGGUGGACAACCGAACGUUUUGUCAACAUUUUGGCAACAAACCGAUUUGGAUCUAUCACGUGGUAUGGAUUUUGUACCAAGAGGUAAUGUCUUUGCCAGGUUUACACAUCUACAGCACACACCGUUUACAUACACACUGAAUGUGAAGAAUGCAAGUGGCGCCCAACGUUUCGGUACGGUGCGUAUAUUUUUGGGUCCCAAAACUGAUGAACGUGGCCAGCAAAUGUUGUUUAACGAACAACGUCUGAUGAUGGUGGAACUGGACAAAUUUGUGGCAUCAUUCAAUCCCGGACAAAAUACCAUACGACGACGUUCGGAAGAGUCCAAUGUUACCAUACCGUUUGAGAGAACAUUCCGUAAUUUGGAUGCAAAUCGACCCAAUGCCAACACCUCCGAGGAAUUGGAAUUCAAUUUUUGUGGUUGCGGUUGGCCGGCGCAUAUGUUAAUACCCAAGGGAUUGCCGGGUGAUGGACUGCGCUGUCAGCUAUUUGUUAUGAUUUCCAACUAUGAAGAUGAUCGGGUCGACCAAGAUCUUGUUGGUAGCUGCAGUGAUGCCUCAUCUUAUUGUGGCGUGCGCGAUCGUAAAUAUCCCGAUCGUCGUGCCAUGGGUUUCCCAUUCGAUCGUUUGCCGCGCCAGGGGGCUGAUCGUUUAACGAAUUUCCUAACACCAAAUAUGAGUAUCGUGGAUGUUUCUAUUCGCCACGAUGCUAAUCGCGUUGUGCAACGUCAGUAAAUGAAUGAUCGAUGAACGUUGAUGGAUUUUAUGGCAAUUGCUUCAAAGGAUUUAUGAUUUGGAUUAUGUAUUAGUUUGUAAUGAAGGUUCAAAACUCUCAGUUUAGUUAAGCAAUCGAAACGCGCACUUCAUAAAUUUAUAUAUCUUAUAUAAAACUUAAUGGUAAUAAAUAUAUAUUAUUCAUACAACAAAUAUAUAAUAUUCAAUCAAA